UGUUGAUCAACAAACCUCUCGGCCUAAAGGUGAGCCACACUAAUGAUCUUACCAAAUGAGUCAGGUUAAAAGAGAGAUGAGAAUCGAAACAGUGACAUAUUCUGAGGAGACACGGACUAGCCCAAGCCUAACCGACUGAUCCUGGACCACGUCCUGACCGAAGAAUAGAUCGCCGAAGAGAGCUAGUCAACCAACCAAUCAGUCAGUCUCAAGGCUCUCGUUUACCCGUAUGUACUUACCAGUAUCCCUCCGGAAGAUGAACAUGAUGAUGACCUCUAGAUCGGGUCGUCUAUAUGUAUUCGUCCCAACAUGGGGCGGAACUCAAGCCGGACCCGCCCCUCUCGGCCGGCGUUAUAGCGCUCCACCCUUGGGUCCUUCUAGUGCGCCUCUCAGUUUUCCAGACUUGUCAGCCCUUCUCCUGCGGGCUAAGCGCCUCACGCUGGGCCAUUGCCAGCCCCUUGGCAGCCCGCUCGGACCACUCAGACCGCCGGCGUCUUCGCCCCCAUCUUUGCUGGUGGCCCAAAUGCUCGGGGGGGCCUCUCAUCGGACUUCAUUCUUGAGUAGGCUAGAGUGGCGGGCGUGGCACCGGCUCAUAACUAGCUCUACUCUGAACCCCAUAUGGGGCGCCACGUGGGCCGGGGCCCCGGCCGCCGUGCGUCAAUUCCAAACCGAGUCCCAUCGUUGGGCCUCGCGGGGCCGCUCUUCGGGCUCGAACGGUAAUAAGCCAGAGAAUACCAGCCACGAUCCCGAAGAUCCGGAUAAAGAAGAGCGUGACCGUGCCACGGCCAAUAAAAAGUUCGGCAUGAUCGUGGCCAUGGUCUUGACGUUUUUGCUUCUAAAUUCCGGUUCCAGUGGCAACGAAACGGAACGAAGUCGGGCUAAGCCCGUGCAAUGGAAUGAUUUCUAUUACAACAUGCUGCUCAAAGGCGAAGUCAGUCACAUUGUCAUCAUUCCCAUCGCUCAUCGGGCCCAAGUCGUGCUCCACCCCGAUGCCAUUUAUAAAGGCCAGAAAGUAGCCAACACCACGUUCCUCAUGGAGAUUCCCGAGAAUGUCAAUGUCGAGGAUCGAAUUCGGGAGGCUGAAAAGAAAUUAGGCAUAUCGCCCAAUCAAGGUGUGUCGAUUAAAUAUGAGCGGAAUGUAGAAUUCACAUCGGCCCUGUUUUUCGCCGGCUUGAUGGUAGUUAUCAUGGCCUUGGCCUUUACCGGUCUCCGGAACGUCCGCACUAAAGUCGGUGGUUUCAGCAAUCCAUUCUCUGGUCUGGCCAAAGCGGAUUUUACGCUCAUUGACCCGCAAAUUCGGACCGGGAAAGGUGUGAAAUUUGCCGAUGUGGCGGGCAUGAAGGAAGCCAAAAUUGAGGUGAGAGAGUUUGUAGAUUACCUGAAAAGCCCGGACAAAUACAAAGAGUUGGGCGCUAAACCCCCCAAAGGCGCUAUCUUAUUCGGUCCCCCCGGCUGUGGAAAGACCAUGCUGGCCAAAGCGGUAGCCAAUGAGUCCAACGUCCCUUUUCUCCAAAUGAAUGGCUCGGAAUUCAUCGAGAUGAUUGGCGGAUUAGGAGCUGCUCGUGUCCGAAGUCUGUUCGCAGAGGCUCGGAAACGUUCACCCGCCAUCAUUUAUAUCGACGAGAUCGACGCGAUCGGCCGCCAGCGGAGUGGCAGUGGGGGUGGGAGUGGAGGCGGGGCUGGAGGUUUCGGUGGCGGAGAAAGUGAACAAACCUUAAAUCAAUUGUUGGUCGAAAUGGACGGUAUGGCUUCGAAAGAAGGCAUUAUCAUGUUGGCCUCCACAAAUCGUGCUGAUGUUCUUGACAAGGCUUUGCUACGACCCGGUCGCUUCGAUCGAAAGAUUGAGAUCGAUCACCCCUCGUUGACUGAACGACGUGAAAUCCUUGAGCAGCACAUGAAAGGAGUGGUGCUUGAUGAUGCGCCUUCCUCCUAUUCCGAACGGUUGGCAACGCUCACUCCCGGAUUUAGUGGUGCUGACUUGGCUAAUUUGGUAAACGAGGCGGCCCUUCAUGCUGCUCGGAUCAAAUGCGAGAAAGUUGGCAAACAAAACUUGGAAUAUGCCAUUGAGCGGGUCAUUGCGGGCCCAGAAAAGAAGAGUAAUGUGCUAGCUCCGGCGGAACGAAAGAUUGUGGCUUAUCAUGAGGCCGGUCAUGCGUUAGUGGGCUGGAUGCUGAAACACACGGAUGCACUUCUGAAAGUAACAAUUUUGCCACGCACGAGCAUGGCCUUGGGCUUUGCCCAAUACACGCCCCAAGACAAAAAACUCUUCAGUCCCGAUGAGAUGUUGGAUCGCAUGUGCAUGGCUUUGGGAGGGAGAGUGGCAGAAUCACUCACCUUCAAUCGCAUCACGACUGGGGCUCAGAAUGACCUUGAUAAGGUCACCAAAAUGGCUUACGCCCAAAUUCGCCAUUAUGGAUUCAACGCCACCGUGGGCAUAGUAUCGUUUGAAGAUGAUGGUGGGAAGCGGCCUUAUUCAAAAAAACUGGCCGCAACCAUGGACAUGGAAGCCAGACAGUUGAUUGCUAGAGCCUACAAAACCACUGAAAACGUGCUGAAUCAACACAAAGAUAAAUUGGAAACGUUGGCCGAAGAACUCCUCAAGAAAGAAACUUUGAACUAUGACGACGUGGUGUUACUACUUGGCGAGCCCCCACAUGGCAAAAAGAACUUGGUAUCACCGUCCGAUUUUGAAAGGCAAAUCAAAGAACAAGCGGAACUCGGGACAAAGCAGCCGUAGUUCAAAAUGAUGUCCCCAUACCACUAUUGAGUUUGUCACGAUAUAUUGAAUUAUAACAGAACUCGUUA